AUGACCGCGAACCCACCUUCUGAUCUGGAGCUUUACUGCCUCAUACAGGAUGACCCUGCCGGGUUUUUCUCUGUCAUGAUAUCCCCAGAUGCGAAUCUUGACAAGCUUCAGAAGAUCAUCCAAUCUUGCAAUCAGCACGGGUUUUUACGUACAGUAGAUGCGAAGGACUUGGUACUGUGGAGGCUGAAUACCCUCGAACCACUCUCCACUCUAGUGAUUGAUCAACUAUCGGAGAGGGCUACUCGGCUGUCUCGUCGGGAGAUGCGGCUAUCGAGAGUUUUUCCACAACAACCUGAUGAGGGCCUCCACAUCAUUGUCCAGCGGCCGGGUACUCAUGAUGAACACAUCAAUAAUGCGAAGCAACGCACAGUCAAAGAUUACAUCGCAAAGACACCGCCCAGAGGGACGCCAUCCGAGAUUAGGCCGAAACUUCAGGAAACAUCUCCGAAACCUAAAGAAGAGAUAGAGUUGAUCAUAUCACGCUUCCAAUCGGAGAAUAACCACGUAAUUGCAGAAUUUAUCAACCGGCCAGACGUGUUGCCUUUAUGGGAACCUCCUUUCAAUAUGGCUGCUGAUGACAAACACUGGCUCAAAGCGCUCAAGAUACCAUUAUCUGGCGAGAAGGAUCCUGAUCUUCUCCUUCAUGACCUAGGCAUCAAUCAAAGCGAACAGUUGAAAAGUUGGAUCAAGGGUGUUUUCAAUGCUGGUGGUCAUACGUUGCUCGUUAACACGGAAGGUUCAGGAAAAACUCGUCUACUAUUGGAGGGCCUCUGCGGUGACAGAUGGGGCUUUUAUCUCACAUCAGCUGUUGGCCAUGAUGACAUUGGCUCUAUGGACAUUCAAUGUGCUCUCUCUUCAUCGCUAGAGCAAGCAACCGAUUAUCACAAGGCGCACGGCGUGCUCCAGUCUGGGUCUGUCAAUUCUCCCGAUCGCAAGGCUGCAUUAGACCAUAUCAUACAGAUCACAAACAGAUGCUUUGCCAACAUCAUGGUCUCUCGCUUCUUGAUCUUUGCUCAGUUCAUCAAACUGUCUCACGAUCAUGCCUUUUCCGUGACCAAACAACGGCGUCUUUGGGUGCUUCUACAAGUAAAACCACCACUAGCUUUCCGAUCAGGCCACGACAUCUUCACCGCCCUUGCCUUAUCGCUCAGGGGUCUCUCAUAUUUUGAUGCCGACAAUAUUUUGUACGACGUUCACCAACAAAUCAUGACAGAUUUAAACUACACGUCACCUCUGUUCUGGAUCCUUGACGAAGCCCAAGCUGCUGCCAAAAUGUACAACGAUGACUUCGUCCCAAGUGCUGAACCAGGCAGAAAACGUUCAGUCCUUCGGGGAAUGAUAACCUGUUGGGCCAAGUUCAUGAUCACCCGUCGUAAUCUGAAAAUUAUCGUAUCGGGGACUGGUCUCUCGGUUGAUGAUGUUGCGCAAACCAUUUCCGGUGUGGGCAAGACAGCAAUGUUUCAAAUCCGUCAUGAUGUGGGGGCGUUCACGCGGAGUAGUCAAGAGGAGUAUGUUCGACAAUAUAUUCCCCCUCAUUUAUUCGAACACGAAGCAUGGAAGAUUUUUCUUGGGCGAGUUUGGGCUUGGUUUCGUGGAAGACAUCGCUUCACGGCAUCUCUGCUGUCAAACAUCUUACAAAACGGCCUGCGAUCGCCUCACUCAGUCAUUAAUCUGACUAUAAUGGAGUGGACUGGCUAUCAUGCAACAGAGGCGUCCCUUUUCACAGUUCACGAAGAAGCCCCCUCUGUAGACGCAAUAUCGAAGCAAGAAAUGUUCAAAAUCUCAGAGCUGGAUUCUACACCUGGAUUAUCUGUCCUGCUCAGUAGGGCUGUUUUUUCAUAUGUUUGGCGUGGAGUAGGGAUUUUGGCGGAUGAUGCCAGUGAUUCCAAGACAGCACACGCUAUCCAAUAUGGGUUCGCUCGAUAUUCACAUUCAACAACCAAUCCUUUUCCUCAUACACGAUCAGCCUUAAAAAUCCUUUUUGAUGAACCGAUUCCAAUUCUUGCAGUCAUCCAGCAUUUCGAGAAAUUUCCAGCACUCGCAGAGCUUGCGUAUCUUGACGGCCACGUUGGGUACCACUCUUCCGAAGAUAACGGGUUCGAGACCUACCUGGCUCACCAUCUGCGGCAUGUUUUCAACGGGAACUACAAGCUAUGCGACAUUCUCACAGAUCGUUCGGGCGGGGAUGGUCCUGAUUGGCUUUCAGAGCGUGCUCAGCUUGUUGUGCUCUCUCGGUCCUCAUCAUCCGUUACCCAAAUCGAUGCAGUCUUGCCCAAGGGUGGACCUUCGGAGGUAUUGGCCAUCACUUGCGAAGAAAAAAACGAUGUACUCGAAUGGUUGCGUACAAAUAAGCAGCAUGUGCCGUUUUGUUUUCCCCCUCGGGAAAUGGGCCCCGACAUUCUCUUCUUUUUACAACUAGAAAACAAGACUAUAGUGCUCGUUUCUCUACAAGCAAAAUAUCUGCAGGCCAGAGUUUCUAGACCAAACCUCAUGAUGGCCAUUCAGACUGUAACACCCAGCCAUUUUUGGAGGUACAGGAUUCGGCUGCAAGAUGCCCUCCCAGGGCUUCAGCAGGGCUGCGCGGGUUUUGAUAUAGAGACUGACCAUCUUUUGACCACCAUCCCGCAACCUGCUCUAAGCAGUGAUGCAAACUACCCUGUUUUGCGUGUCAUCGCAGGCUGGCCUACAGAUCCUGAACUAUACCGGUCCCUGCAGCAUCCGCGGACAUCAUCUGUGAAGGAUAUGGACCGCCAUCCUCUCUGCACUCUCAAUCAAACUGCAUUCGAAAAGAUAUACAAAGAACUCAGGUCCGCAUGUUACGAGAGAACGGUGAAGCCGAUGUUCAACACUUGAGACACCAUUACGAUGGAAUAGGAUAUGGAGAGCGCCGAUGUGGAUGACGCAACUGGAUGCUGCCACAAUUCUGGUGCAUCAUCAACAAUUCUUGACUGUGGUCAUGUACUUUUCUUGACCUUGUACCGAUACGCAGCUGAACCGGAUCCGCAAUCCAUGUAUUUUUA